AUGUCGGACGACAAACGUGAUCUUGAGCGGCGAACCCCGCACAUCGUCGUACCGUACACAGACGACGAGGACGCCAGCAGCUCGGCGACAACCACUCUGCUGCCUCAACCGCAGGCGUCAACUUCGACCUCCAAGUCUCGACGACGAUGUUGGCGACUAGCGGUGCUGGUGGGUGCGAUGCUGGCCAUGUGUAUCGGGGUGUUUGAGCUGCUGUUCCACGGUCGGGAGGUCGAGUCGCUACGCGCCGCACACGAGCAGAUCGCACAGCUCAAGCACGACCUCGCCGAGCAAAUCCAGGGCGGAUACCACAAGAUCAUGGCCGCCACUAAUCUCCGCCUUUCUCCCUCCAGCGGCGACGUUGAUGCGGGAGUGAAGGCGGUGAUGGAUCGUUCGGUCAUUGUGUUGAAGACCGGCUCGUCGGUUGCGUACGAUCGACUUCCCGUCCAGCUCCUCCUUGCGCAGCAAACCCUCCACCCUGAAGUAUACCGCAGCGGAGAAGCUGGCUACAGCGGUCCUCAACUGUUGCUUUACUCGGACUCGGACAUGCAGUUGGGCGAGUUCGAGGUGCACAACGCCCUCGCCAACGUGUCGGACUAUGUUCGUCACCAGCCUGAUUUUGCGAAGCAGUAUGCGCAGCUGCAAAAGCUGUUGCAGGAGGAUGACCUGGCAAAAGUCAAGGAGUUUCAGGAUGGAUGGAAUCUGGACAAGUGGAAGUUCCUCUACAUGUGGCAGGAUGCCUACCACCGUCAGCCCGACGCAGACUGGUAUAUUGGAUACGAGGCCGACACGUACGUCUUCUGGCCGUCGCUAUUCGCCUACCUCGGCACGCAAAACUCGAGGCAGCAACAGAUGUAUGGAUGCGCAUCCAUCCUGGUUCGCAACCAGGAGCUUUUCGCAAACGGCGGAUGCCCCUACGUCAUCUCGGGUGCCCUUAUGCGAGCCAGCUUCGGCAAGGAUGCCGGCUUUGCAGCAAAGUUCGACAAGGAGGUCGAGGCGUCUUGCUGCGGGGAUGCCGAGUUGAGCAUCGCGCUGCGCAAGUCAGCCAGUCCACCGAUCAAGGAACUGGCGCCUACGGGCGGGAGGUUCAUCAACGACCGUCCGCAAGAGAUUACCUUCGACGAGAACAACUUCUGCGAGCCGGUGUUCAACUUCCACCAUCUUACGCCGACCGAGAUCCAGUGGCUGGCAACUAUCGAGCGUCAAAUCCGCACUGCCAAACCGAACGUCCCUGUGCUGUAUGCGGAUGUCUUCGACCACGUCUUGCCGCACAAGCUGCUGGACGCCGUAUCGGCAUCCGCUAAGAAGGGAGGGAAGAAGGAUGUGGAGCUUAAUCCGACGCUAGAGGAUUGGGAGGCUUUCGGGAGCGGGGAUAGCGGCGUCAAGAAGGGCGAGCGAAGCAAGGACGUGGAGAGUUGCAAGGGAGAAUGCGAGAAGAGUGCGGGGUGUACGACGUGGUUCUGGAUCAAGGUCACCGAGACCGACGAGGAUGGUGACUGCUACAUGCUGCACGAUCGCGUGCGCGUGGGCAAGGCGUACAAGGGCACGGGCGUACGCACGAGCGGAUGGAUCGGCGAGCGUGUGCUCGACUUUAAGACCAAGCACGAGUGCAAGAAUCGCCCCACCGUCUAA